UGCCCAAGCCGGCCGCCGCCGCCGCCGCCGCGGCCGAGGCGCCCGGCGCCGGCGCGGGCAUGGAGCGCUCGCAGAGCCGCCUCAGCCUGUCCGCCUCCUUCGAGGCGCUCGCCAUCUACUUCCCGUGCAUGAACUCCUUCGACGACGAGGACGCGGGGGACAGCCGGAGGUUGAAGGGGGCCAUCCAGAGGAGCACGGAGACCGGCCUGGCAGUGGAGAUGCCCAGCCGGACCCUGCGCCAGGCCAGCCACGAGUCCAUCGAGGACAGCAUGAACAGCUACGGCUCCGAGGGCAACCUUAACUAUGGGGGAGUUUGUCUGGCAUCGGAUGCCCAGUUCAGUGACUUCCUGGGCAGCAUGGGGCCGGCACAGUUUGUGGGCCGCCAGACCCUGGCCACCACGCCGAUGGGGGACGUGGAGAUCGGCUUGCAGGAGCGGAACGGUCAGCUGGAAGUGGACAUCAUCCAGGCUCGGGGUCUGACUGCCAAGCCAGGUUCCAAGACACUGCCAGCGGCCUACAUCAAGGCCUACCUGCUGGAGAACGGCAUCUGCAUUGCCAAGAAGAAGACCAAAGUCGCUCGCAAGUCGCUGGACCCACUAUAUAACCAGGUGCUGCUGUUUCCUGAGAGUCCCCAGGGCAAAGUCCUGCAGGUGAUCGUGUGGGGGAACUACGGGCGGAUGGAGCGGAAGCAGUUCAUGGGCGUGGCCCGCGUGCUGCUGGAGGAGCUGGACUUGACCACCCUGGCCGUGGGCUGGUACAAGCUCUUCCCCACCUCCUCCAUGGUGGACCCAGCCACGGGCCCCCUGCUCCGGCAGGCGUCCCAGCUGUCCCUCGAGAGCACCGUGGGGCCCUGCGGAGAGCGAUCUUAGUGCCGGGGAGGGGGAGGGGCUUCCCGAGAUGGUCCGGAGACCCAACCUGGGACCCCAGGCCCCGGGGUAUAUUGAACUGAGGAGGCCGGGGUUCUCCCCCACCCAGUGGGGAAGCUGAAUGGGGAGACUUGACCCCCCAGGGCCCCUCCUCACCCCUUUUUUGCCUCCUAUUCCCCGAGACCUUCCCUCUCCCGAUGGGAUUGGCUGCACUUUUGACUUGGCCGGUUCUUGACCUGGUGGAUGUGUCUGCAGUCCGGAGAAAGGAAAGAUCGAGGCGGCAGAGCACACCAUCCUCCUGCCCCCGACUCUGUCCGACCGCACCCCCUUUUUGCCUCCUUGGAAGCUCGCUGCCCGGAGUCACGUCCAGAACCCAGCGGCCAUCUCCAUGGUGCCAAUUACCAGCAAGUGUCUUUCCUGCGGCACCGGGUUCAGGCAGCUACUCCUGCCCCCCGAGCCUACGGGGCAGCUUUGCAAGGAUCCGGCGCCAGCUCCGGGGGCCCCGCACCCCCGGCUUGAAGAGGAGCUCAGGCCUCCCUCCGCCUGCCCAUGGAAGGAGCUCUGCUGCCACCUGUUCGAGUACAUCUGUCUGUCCCCUGCCUGUUUCUCUUUUGGCGGCUCUAGGACAUGGGAUCCAGCAGGGACCAGGGGAAAGGAAAGGGGUGCCCAGGCCUGGCAGGGACCCCCAGGGCACCUGGCUCUGUGGGGUUGUAGGAAGCUAGUUUGCACACUGUGGGCGGACUGGAAAGAACUCUGUUGGCUGUGUUUCCACCGAGGAGCUGCAGGACCCUAAUUUUCGAGAACCCCAGCCCCAGAGAGCUCACCAGUCUCUGAAUUUGGGGGAUGCCGGUUUAGAGAGGGAGUGUGAAGAAAGCUGGGAUUGGGUGCCAAGGUGAGGGGUUCCCAGGUAGGAGAAUCCCUCCUUGUUGGAUGAGGUCAAAGGUCAUCUUGUCUGGCCCUCUGCCUCCAGGCUAAGGGCCUGGGGAGGCACCCGAGCUCCCCAGUUUUAGUCUUUUUAAACAAACCAUCCUGUACUAAGGGCAGAACCCACUGCUCCGGCCUCAGUGACCUUGGCUCAAGGAGAGAGAGAGCGAGGCGAGACAGGAGUGUGAGAAGGGGAAGAUUCCUUCUUGAGCAGGCCUGGGGGCUGCCUUCCCGGCCCCACCUGGCCUGGUCCUCCCUGGAGCCUUUGGAAGCCCUUUUGCAUGCGGGGAGGACACAGGCUGGCCCCUUUCUGUAGAAGCACAUUUCUGCCACCUCCCCUGGGAGGCACCCAGCCACCCACUACCCACGCACACUGCUCCCCCCCCAUCAUUACCCAGUCCUGCUGUGUAGGACGUAGUCUUGGUUAGCCGAGUAGGCUUAGAGUGCCUGGCCCUGGGCCUGGUCUUAGCUUCACAUAGAGUCCUUACAGAGGGGAUGGAGAAAAUUCCAGGAGGCAGCCUUCUCCAUGCCGGCCCAGCCUGGGUCCAAGCCUGGACCUGGUUCAGGGGAGGCUGGCCCCUCCUCCUCCUCCUCCUCCUCCUCCUCCUCCUUUUCCUCCCCCUCCUCAUGUAGGGUUGUAGCCAGAGCCGCCCAUGACACUCAGAUGUUCUGAUUUAUUACCCUUGGGACUGAUUUUAUUUAGGAAGCGCUCCUGAUGAUGUGGGCCUUGGCGGGGCCGGGGCUCCAUCAGAGGAGGUGGUUUCCACUGAGGAUUGCCCGGCUGUGUUCUGUCCCACCUUAUCCCCACUCCCCCACACCACCACCCUUUUAGGCUGUGGACCAGGUGAGUCCUCCCACCUGGAACUCCCCCCACCCCUGGCCUAUUCCCAGCCCUGGGCAUCCUUCGAGGUUCUGGUUGAGUUAUAGCGCCCCCCUGCAUAGGAAUGGGGAGAUGGAGGCGCCCCCUCCUUGGUCCAGGAGGCCUUCUGACCUUCCUGGAAUCCUGGCGGCUGGAAUCCCAAGGCUGGGGAGGAGGCAGCGGGGCUCAGAAUCAGCCCCUCCCCUGUGCUUUUUUUUUUUUUAACCAGUGUGAUUUCUCUGCCGUUUGUUUAUUACUCACCAUUCGGAAUAUUUUGAGCCAGGAGAGCGCCUUCUCUCUCCAGCUGUCAUUGCUCUGGUAGUUCAGGGGUAGCAUUUCAAAGCCGGGGUGGGGCCUGGCUGUCCCAACCUGAGGACGGGGGGCACAGCCUUGCUCCCCAACCUGAGCCCGCCCUGUUCGGGGGUGGGUCUGCACAGCCUUUAUAAAGAGAGAAGGCGCUCCAAAGCAAUAACAUCCUGAGGGUGGUCACCGAGGGCCCCCCUCAAUGACUUUGUGUUUGUUCUGUAGUUUCUCAGCUCACCUCCCGGAGGGGUGGGGUGGCACGGGGGCUGGAGCCCUCUUUCUUUGUAUCAUCGUUGUGAGCACAUGGCUGCCUUCCAAGGGGCUCCGACCAUUGGGCAUGGGACCCCCCCAUCUGUCCUCACCCAGGAAUGGGGGCUUGGGGAGGGAGUGGCUGUUCUCAUCAUUAGCUUUGGGGAACCUUCCAGCCCACUCCCGUCUGGUCUUUUGUCAGCUCAAACUCCCCUAUUUGGAGAGGAGCUGAGAGGGUGGCACUGGGGAAUUAGGGGUAUGAGGAGCCUGGGGGUCUAUAGGGGACGAUUCCUUUUUCAGUCUCUGGGCCAAAGGUCACAUGCCGGGGUACGGUGGGAGGGAGUCAUUUCCACUUUCCUUCUCCAGAAUCUGCCUGUCACACUAAAGGGAAAGGAGCUUUGAAAUGAUUUCCAUCUUAACAAAGAGAUCACAGGCCCCUGGGGUCACCUGUGAGUUCACGACACUGGCAAUCUGGGCCUCCUCAACCCCCAGAGGCUGAGCUGGAGCCAGAGCAGGACCAAGUGGGGCCACCAUCUCCCCCCCUACCCUGCAAUAUUUCCUCUGCCCUUCUCUCCGUGGCCUUCUCCCACGGGCCUUGAAAAAGAUGGGCAGCGCCGAUUAUAGUCCCAUCUGAGAGGGCAGGAAACCAAAGCUCAGAAUCAGUAAGUGGCUUGCCCAAGACAAGACCCCUCAGCAAUGAGGCCAGAACAGAAGCAGCUCUGUCCGUCCUCCUCCGUUGCUCCAGGGCACAUGCCAUAAUAACGAUCUGUGACCUUUAGACCCUGGACCACCCCGCCCUGCUUGCUUGCAUCUCAAUGGGUCAGUGACUUUUCUGGGCCUUGGGGGGAAGGGUUGCCAUAGAGACCUUGCUCUCCUGGGUGGGGGAUGGGGGGGUCUGCCCUGAUUGACAGGAGGCUGUGCAGGCUGUGGUCCUAGUCUUGAUGCUAAGUGGGGACUCCCCCCAAGGGACCACCCUGAGGGAGGCCAGACACCACUUCCUGGGGCUGUGUGGGGGUGAGGGGGGCAGUGGUACACCUCACCUUAAGGCAUUCCCCCCCAAACCUUCAGAUGGAAUAACAUGGGAACUUCUCGGAGUGCUUUUCACACCUGUUUGUUUUCAAAGUGCUUUUAUCUCGGUGUACCCUCCCAAGAGCUCCCAGCUGUCGGUGGAGGCCUGGGUGAGUUAUCAGCCCCAUUUUACAAAAGAAGCUGAGGCCCGGGGAGGGAAGGUGCUCACUAAGGUCCCACUGGGAGUUGGUGGCUGAGCCCAGGGGAGAACUCAGUUCUCCAGCGGUUCAGAGCUCUUUUCUUCAAAUUGGGGCAAAGCACAGUUGAGGUCAUGCACUUGACUAGCUGAUCCACCGUCCAGCUCCUUACAUCUGGAGCUCAUGGGCACAUCGCAGCGUUGAGAGGCACCGCUGAGCCCCGCUGCCCUUGGAGCACAGCUGUUGCAUGAGGCAAGGCCACCUGCAUUUAUUUAUUGAGCAGCAGCCCUGUGCCAGACCCAGGGGACGGGGUACCCCGACUCCAUCACCCACUGUCCUGCAGUGACUCAUCUGGGCUCCAGGAGGCUCCAAGUCUUAUAGCAGCACCUCUGAGUGGACGGAAAGCUUUCAUGUCCAUGAGCUCAUCUGACUCACAAACCCCGCCCAGGAGGCGCUGACCAUGCCCGUUUGACUCAUAGCUUCUGUGAGGGCAAAGUGGAGACGAACCCGGGGCCUCGGACAUCAUCUCUGAGCCCUUUCACCGCAGCACUGCCUCCUGAGGGGGUGGCAGGAAGGCAGACCCCUGGUCCUCAGGCCCGCUCUCCACUCACCUUUCCCCCUCUUCCCUCUCCAGGAGCAGGAGCCCCUCAGGCUUUGGGGGAGGGAGGGUUUCUGGGGCCCCUGGGUUGGAGCAGGUCACGUUGCAUUGUGUUCAUGACCAUGUAGCUCAUGUUGAAAAUUAAAGUUUUUGGCUUUUCUAACCCA